CUUCAUUUGUUGUCGCAUUACUAUUUUCUGUCUGAUUUCGUGUAAACUUCGUUCGUGGCCUAUUGUGUAAACAUGGCUGAAGGAUGGACAGGAAAGGAGUCUUCUUGGUGUCCUUUGGAGGACCACUCCACUGUUCCGCCUUGUCGGUUUUUCCAACUCGGGAAAUGUAUUUACGGAGAAAAUUGCAGGUAUCUGCACGAACUGGAUGUUGAACCAAAUGAAUCCAACCAUGCAACUGAUGUUGUGGCAAUGAAUUGGGUCAAUGCACCUGAAUUCAUCCCCUCAACUAUCGUGUACCCAGUUGUCAACUCUCAAUUUGACUUUCCAGCAAUAAAAUCAUCUGAAGAAUCAGAUGUUGAUGGACAAGAAGAAGCUGGACCGAGCACCUCCCAACAGCCACCUGCAAAAUCUUAUGCAAAAGCUGUGGAUCCCAACGCUGGCCAGAGCUUCAAGAUUGCUCAGUCUACAUCUCAAAUCUGCCCUUAUUAUUACAUGGGGUCAUGCCGAUACGGUGAGGAAUGCACCUACAUUCACGGAGAUCUCUGCGAACUCUGCGGCCUAAAUUGCCUACACCCCACGGAUGAAGCGCAGAGAGACGAGCACAAUCAGAGCUGUCUACGUCAGCACAAAAUCGACAUGGAAAAGUCCUUUGCUGUUGCUCGUUCGCGAGACAAAGCCUGCGGUAUUUGCAUGGAAAUCAUCUGGGAGAAGUUGCCUUCCACUAAACAACGUUUCGGAUUGCUACCCAACUGUUCGCACUGUUUCUGCUUGGACUGCAUACGCAAGUGGCGACAGGAGAAACAGUUUGAAAAUAAGAUCAUCCGGUCGUGCCCGGAAUGCCGAGUCCAGUCUGAUUUCGUGUGCCCCAGUCGUUACUGGUGUGAAACGAAAGAAGAGAAGGAAAAGUUGAUCACCGAUUACAAGGGGGCCUUGAGCAACAAAGCUUGCAAGUACUUUAACCAAGGUGGCGGCGAAUGUCCGUUCGGUAAUCGCUGCUUCUACUUGCACGCGCUACCCGACGGGACCAAAGCGGACGUCGGUCCUCCCCAGGGCAAAUUGCGCCGACGUCGAUUCGGUCAAGACGAGGAAGAGGCGGAAUUCUUCCGGGUGCUGUUGUGGGAUUUCUUGGAAGAACGUGAAAGCCGCUACGUUCUCCAGUUGGGGCUCGACCUGGACGACCUCGAUCUGUUCACAUCCGAUUCAGAGGAUUACUUUUCGGACGAUGCCGAUAGUCUCUUCUUCCUCCACUGAAUAAUAUCCUCCACCACAAUUCAAAACUAAACACAAAAAUAAUCCGUUGGCGAGUCCAGCAUCUCUUGUGUGUCUCUCUCCUGCACCUCGUCAAUCCACGUAAAUAAUAAUUAAUCUUACUACUACUAAAUUACCAAUAAUUCAAUAAUUAAGCCUUGUGAGUUUUCCUUUUUUGUUUGUUUAUUUGUUUUGUUCGUUUUUCAUUUUUUGGUUCGGUUGUCGUUGUUUCCUUUCAAAACUACCAACCCCCCCACCAAAAGUAAAACGAUUGAAGAGAAGAGAAGAUUCCCCCCCUUCACACACACACACACGCACCACAAUUGCUUCUCCUCUUGUGGAUGUUACCCGCCUCUCAAAUAUUUCCCUGUUUCUGAAAAAAGAAAAACACUUGCGUCUCUAA